AUGCAUCGGCAAAUACAGUCAGCCCACUUUGGGACGCAAAAUCAAAUAUCAUUACACACAAGUGUCAUAUACGUUAAAAGUUCAAAACCUCGAGCAUAUUGCACACUAUCUGACUCAACAGAUCAUUCACCCGCAGCAAUAUGGGCACAUCUGAGACCAAUUUUGAUUGAUAUCAAGAAAAAAGUUCCGCAAAUUAAUAGUGUACACGUAUUUUCGGAUGGCCCCGCCAUUCAGUAUAAACAGAAAAAGAAUUUUUAUCUGUAUAAAUUAUAUCUUGAGGACUUGAAUUUUGAAAAAGGGACUUGGAACUUUUCAGAGUCUUAUCAUGGGAAAAGUGCUGCUGAUGGUAUAGGAGGAGUCAUCAAGCGACUUUUGGAUGCUAAAGUAUCCCAUGGAAUGGACGUUUCAGACACCUCAACAGCAUACUCUCUACUGAAAGAAAAUACUACAGUACAGAAAAUACAACAUCUUUUUUGUGUUGAUGAGUCGGAUAUUAUCGAGAUAAAAAGUAAAAAUCAAACAGCUUUCGAAAGCUUAGUGCCUGUUCCUAAAACAAUGAAGAUUCACCAAAUACAAGUCGAAACAGAAAACCACUCUAAUGAAAUAAAUUACCGAGUUUUAAGUUGUUUUUGUAACGGCUCAAGCAUGAGAGGUUUUUGCGAAUCUUUCAACAUUAAAAGACAUUGUCUGCUAAAAUCUCGCCCCAGAAAGCGAACUCGGCUAACAUCCGAUUCAGAUGACUGUCUGCCUUUACCGUUUAAAAGAACAGCACAUACUACCAACAUGUCUGCUGCUAUCUCCAAGUCCGAGAAUAAAACACCACCGGUUUCUUUAAAAAAUAUACCAACUGUACCAAUAGAUAUUUUUGGUGCUGUUGACUGUGAUUCAGACUCCUCAGAUAUUUUCGAUUUGCCACGUACUAUUGGUACUACUAAAACUUCUAAGCGUAAAGUGCGGAGCAAUCCAACGCAAAUUAUGACGCCUGUGGUUGCAGGCCAUACCUAUGCCACCGUCACAAAUAAAGAAAAUGUCGACCAUCAAUAUAAAAAUAACUGGAAAAAUAUAAAAAAUGCGGGAGCUGUAACUAUAUUAUCCGAUGUUAAAGUAAACUAUGCAAUUAGUGAUUUAAGGAAAAUGAUCAGCAAUACAAAGCGGCAAAAUGUGUCUUCUUGUAACCUCAAAGUAGAUUUUCCUAAAAUUCUUGAAAGUUCAACAACUAAUUCUGUAUCAUUAAAGAAUUUUUUUUUAUAG